AUGUACGCCAAAGUUUGUGUCUUAGUUGCUCUCAUCGCUGUUGCCUUCGCACAGUCGACUCGUCCGGCUCCUCCUGCUCCAUCCGAAUGCCAGAUCUGCGAGCACCUCAUAGCUCAGGCUAGACAUCACUUCAAUAAUAACGUGACCAACGAACAGGCCCUCCAGCGUGAGCUGCUCCAAGAAUGCAAGCAUCUUCCUCCAAAUGAGCCAGCAUCAGCCGAGCAGACAUGCAUCAAUAUGGUGAACAAGAACAUCGACAAAAUCUUCUCGGACAUACAAGCUGGUGACCGUGACGGACAAACAUGCUUCGACAUCGGAGCCUGUAGUUAUAUUCCAACAUUCCAAACUCGUCCCCCCAGACCUACAAGAAGCAACCGCAAAUAA